CAGAAGAGAUAGCUUCAUAACUCACAGAGCAUUCUGUGAUGCCCUGGCUGAGGAAAACAACAAAGCAAACGAAGGCCAUCAUGGCCAUAUCCCAGAUCUCAUCACCACCACCACCACCACCAACACUGCGCCACCGCCUAUGAACACCACCUCCAUCACAUUACCUGAAUUUACCCAACUUGACAUCAAAAUACCUAUAAAGCCAAUAAUACCUCCAAAACCUGUAAACCUAUCAGCAGCAAAUGGAAGCAUCUUCCCAAGUACUACUAACUCAAACACCCUCUUUGGCAGCCCAAGACCACCCAUCUCUCCUUCCUCCUCCACCCUCCAGCUCAGCAGCGCUGUCAACUCAUCGCUAUGCUCCUCAGCUGCGGCUGCCAUGUCAGCAACCGCCUUGUUGCAGAAGGCAGCUCAAAUGGGUGCAACUGCAAGUUCUAAUAUGAACUCACCGAUGAUGCAGAAGAGUUUUGUUACGAGCAUGGCGCCUUCAUCGUUCAAUGGAAUGCCACCAUACGAUCAUCAGAUUCAUCGUCAUAUCCAAACACAAAAUUAUCAUCAUCAUCAUGAGCAAUCACAAUCACUUCUGGCUGGUGUCAUUGGUGGAUCGUUUGCCACCCAAUUCAAUAUGGGAAGGUACAUAGGAGGACUGAAUAAUCAAAACCAUGGAUUUUUGGGAAACUUGGAAGAGAAUGAUAGCGGUCAUAAUGUUUUACAUGGUAGUACGCCUGAGAGUAGGACCGAAUUGUUUUCAAGUUUUAUGGGUAGCAAUGGACACGAUGAUAUGACAACAGUUGAUUAUUUAGGGAUUGGAGGAACAAGGCCGAGGAAUUUUCAUGGACAACAAAACCAUGGAGGAGUGGAGGAGUAUGAAGCAAUGAGUACACAGCAGAGAAUGCAAGGUUUGAGUCAAUUUCAACAGCAACAAAUGUCUAGUGGGCAAGUAACAUGUGAAAAAUCAAUGUGGAAUGUUUGAAAUUAUGAUUAUGUAUUUGUUUUUUUUUUUGGUGUAACUCAUGUAUUAUGGAAGAAGCAGCAAUAAUGUUUUGCUGGAAAUAAGACAAUUAGGGCACAACAAUGCUCUCAAAACUAUUUUUUUUAAUCAUAUUUUAUUUAUUAUCUUAUAUGUCAACAUUAUAUUGAUAAUUAACAAGCAUUAGUAAUGAGAUGUUGUAAAUCAAUACACUAUUGACAUAUAAAAUAAUAUAUAAAAUAUAAUAAGAAAAUGUGAUCGUGAUAAUGGUAUUGUUAGAGGGCGUUGGGCUUGUGAGAGCAA